ACCUCUUCUUUUUUUUUGGUUUCCCUUUUUCUUUUUCUUUGUAUUGAAAGAAGGAAUAUAUUUUUUGUUAUCUCCUCUUGACUCUAAUUCGUUCAUCGUACCACGUUCCCGAUCUUUGGCAUUUAGUGUGCUUUUUAUAACACGCAAUGACACAACCAUCGGCCAUGUCCAUUACUCAACUUUGCAGUUCGCCAGCUGCAGAUGGAAAAGACCAACCUUCGACGUUUAUACACGAAGACCCCGACGUCCAAAUGGCUGCAGAAGCAUUAGGCGAUAUGGCCAAAAGCGGUGGUGUACCCACAGCUAAACCGAAAUCCAUCCAGCUUCCUCCACUUUCUACGAAUCCGUCGGCACCGUCAACGACCCCUAGCUCACCUUUACCUACGCCUUCAUCGUCGGCUUCCAACCCUCGUUAUUCGUUUUCUAGUGAUUCUACACAGGAAGACGUUGAUCCACUGCGUCCAUCCUCAACUCAUAUGUCUCAUGCUCAUUCUCAGCAAUACCAUUUCAUGCAUCGCGUUUCCAAUAUUCCCCUUGUCAAUUCCGCCCUUCGUGCUUACGAGAGUUCCAAAGCGUCCAACAGUAUGGUGAAAUACGGAGCUGAAAUGGUAGAGUCCUUUGCCGCUCCCAUUUAUGACAAGUUUAGUCGGAGAGCGCUUUCCAACGAUGUCGAUGAUUGGGGAUGCAAGCAACUCGAUAAAUUGGAAGAAAAGUAUCCUAAAUAUGUCAGUGGCCGAGAAAAGGAGGAAGAUGAGGCCAAUAUUGCCGCUCACGCUUUGGCACGUACAUCGAUUUCCGAUAAUCAUGAUCGGGAUAGACUCAGGAAACGACGCAUUGAAGAUCGUGAAGAUACAUCAUUAAAAGCUCGAUCGAGACCGUGUUCACGUUCUACUUCGCCUCAUCGUCCAUAUACAAUUACCAAGCCCACCGCCACACGUCAUCAUCCCAGUAGUCGAUGGCAUCGUAUUGUUAUGCAUGCCGGAUCGGCGGCAGGUACCACUGCGGCGGUCGUGAGUGAAGAAAGUAUGAAAUGUCUAAGAUAUUGCCUUACUUGGCUCGAGUAUGCCACACAACAUAUUGAUCAACAAAUGAAUAUACUCCGAAGUUUUCUGGUGUCACUGGCCACCCAAUCUUCGUCGUCCUCUUCUUCUGAAGAAACGGCGGUGGCCAAGGAAACAUCGGCUGCAAGUACAUUGGCGUCGAUCAAGAAGGAGAUCAUUGACACGUUGCGUAAAGUGGUCGAUGUCGUGAGUAAAUAUGCCGGUUCCGGAUUGCCGGAACAUGCCAAAGCCAGUGUCCGAGGAUUUAUUCUAGCCUUGCCAGGGCGGUGGGCUACGUUGAAUUCAUCGACCACCGCUUCGCCCAUGAACUCCCCCCGCGUGCAUCCACAAGAUCCACGCACCCAUGAAACCUCGAUUAAAUUGCUCAACUUUGGUGGUGAAUCGAUUGAAAUGUUGCAAGCUGUGUCCUCGGUGUUUUCUGACACCAUUGAACGAGCUGAAUUAUGGUUGCAACGGUUGCGCGUCGUCGGUGUCACCGGCACGCCAAGAACCGAAGCCGAUCCUGUCCCCAUGGAAACCAUCAAUGAACAAUCAUCGUCAUCCAAGGAGCCGGAACCCAUGGACGUGAAAUGAUUAUAAAAAAACCAGUCGCUUUCUUUUCAUUUUUGUCCCUUUUGUAUUUCAGGCCUUUUUUUUUUUCUUUUCGAUACUCCUCCCUCUUUUUCUUGGUUUUUCCUUUCACCCCGAUUCUCCUUGGCAUACCGAUUUUAUCUUUAUAUUUUUUUUUCUCAUUCUCUCUUUUUGAUACCAGCCUUGUGUUAUUUUUUUUUUGUACAGUUCGUGAAAGAAAAAUGAAGAAAAAAAAA